AGCUAACACUCGAACAAGUUUACUAUUCAAUUCGUUGUUUGCCGUUUCGGCAUUAAGUGUAUUAUAAGAGAUAUUGGCGACUGCACGUUUCACGUAGACUUUUUAUGACUGAACGAAACUAUAAGCAAUAAAUUCAACGAAAACAACGAAGAGGCGAUAUAAUAUGGGAUUAAGAAAGUAUUUAAGAUUUAAUCAGGAUAUGUCAAUGACUUCAACCGAAUAACUGACUUAUGAGGAAAGGUCGGGUAGACAUUUAGUUUCGCCCGAAAAACAGCCCGCCAGUGAUAUAAACGCCGCUGAAAACAAAAGUGUUAUCGCAAAGUCUCAAAGGUCCAUGGACCUUUCGAACCUGUUCACGAAAAUUGCAAGUGUCGGCAUGUAAACACGCAUUGCGAUAAGAAUAUUGAUUGAGACUCAUAUCAAAAUAUUGUGUUUGUAUUUGACAAAGUAUCGCAAAUCAAUUGAAAGAAAAUAUUGGAAUUCGUAAAGACAGGAAGCGGAUCUUAAUGUUGAAGUGGCUAUUUGCGUGUGAACUAGGUUUUUCACCAAACUUAAAGUCAAUAGGGUCUCAAUUAACCUAAAUUAAGAAGUUCUUAAGGAAAUGAAGUGUUUAAAUAAUUUUUCAGAUAUCACAAGCAAACAUCGAGGAUCUAACGGUGGUGCCCUAAGAAUCGUUUGAAGUGUUUGAAGUUCACAGAAUAUAUAAUCACAGGAUAGUUUUUAAUAACUUGAAAUCCCACUUGCACUUUUGUUCAGUAGUUUCUUCCGUGCCAUAUUAAUUGAAAGUUGACGUUCUGUAAUUGGUAUUUAGAGCACGUAGAUUAAACUAUGCUUGAUGAUAUUUAUUUUUUUAAACAUGCACAAAAGGUGUCGAAUCUGAUUAAAAGGUUCGAGUUGUACUGACAUUUUAACAUUAAGGAGACACAUGUACGGGCAACGGUACAAUAUAUCUGUUCCGAAAACUUCUCCGGAUAAAAACUGUGAGAGAACGAGAUUAAUACAAGUGACAUUUGGUGUUAAGUUUUCAAGAAACGAUAUGAAAUCCACGGCCCUUUUUUGACGUCGUGUUGACUCAGUUCUAAUGUUUUCAACGGCUCGUAGAGUUACGAUUAUAUUUUCAUGUGCAUACGUGUGUAAACCUAGGUACCCAGACAUUUACUGUCCAGCGCUUCUAAAAUGAAGGACUCGGAAUCUUCAGGUUCGCCUUUGAAGCAUGUCGCGAAGGAGAAUUCUUAUUACUUGGAUAAUUACGAUGCAAAGGUAACCGUACACUCAUCCCCUCCUCAGCAACGCAGGCUGUUCGACUUCAUCGAGAUCGACGAUGAAACUAGGGACGAUACCGACCGAUCCUACUCGUCUUCGAAGCUGUCAAAACGUAAAAACCUUCGAGUAACGUUUAGCGAUAACAUUAUUGUGGACGUUUUUGACGAUUUCGAUAACGCACAUGACGACGAUUCAUGUGACGAAGGAAUUGUGGAAGAGACGUUGUACGAACUUCCAUCUGACGGCGGCAAAUCUCUCAGACAGAUAUCCAGCAGUACGGAGUUCAAAACCGUCUCGGAAAACUUAAUAUCUCCGAGACUUAAUCCGUCUUCCCGUGAACCAAAUACUGGGUCUUGUGCAAUCCCUUCACAACGGACGUCGCCAAUCAUUAAGCAACCAGUCUGCAAACAACAACCUGAGGCGAAUCAGCAACAACCUCUGUUAGACAAACGCAAAUCGAAUCGAAUCACAUUGAGCGAUCUUGAAAAGAAGACUAAAGAAUAUAUCGCCAAAAUGCACGAACGGACAAAACGGGCGGAGACCCAAGGUCGGGUAGCUAGGGCAAUAUUUCCGCAAAUCUCUGCGAAAGUUAAGGCUCAACCUGAAUAUAAAAAGUUCAUAGACAACGCUAAGCGCGCCGUUGAGAUUACGAGUCGUUACGAACGCCCCUGGGCUCGUGGAGGCGGCGGCACACAACAGACGUACAGUGUUUGGCGAAAGCGCCCUGAAACUGUUCGCAGAACAAGUUCGUUACCAAAGAACUUUAAAAUUCCAGAGGACCUAAAUACGAAACCUAGGCCGGAAACUGUAGUUCAUAAUAACCGGCAGAGGAUAAAUUACGCAUGACCAUUGGUUUCAAAUUGAUAUACCGCUAUAUUAUACAACACAGUGCAGGUAUCCUAUAUUGAUAAGGCAGUCAUCACUGGGCUGAUAUUUCCUCUGCCGUCAUCCCUUUGAAUAUCACGACGAAGCCUUCACCUGUAAGUUGAGUGGCUGCUGAAUGUCUUAGUCUGUACACUGCUUUAAUAUGAUUAACAUUACUAGCAGGUCACAUGAAACUGCUUUAAAGGGAGUAUGCACGAUUUUGUCAAAUAUUUAUGAAUUUAAAUAAAAUGUGUAAAAACUUAUUAUACAUAUAUUUUUAUAUAAAUUAAAAUAACAGUAAAGAAGAACAUGUGUCGAAAAUGCGAAAUAAGCCAGAUAUUUAAUUCUGAAAUCGAAAAUGUCUGUACAGUCGAAUUCGCCAGCAUGUAUAUCAUGCAUGUACGAUGUGAAUCAAAAAUUUAGUUUUCGUGCAGAUUCGUUCAUACGACACUAAGACACAAUUUUGUUUCCUAACAAAUACGAGUAAAAGUGUCGGCAUCGGCUCUAACCAGCCAGUUUAGAAAUUUACUGAAGUAAACAAUACAUGUAUUUGAUUUCUAGUAUCAUAUACAGAUUGUUAAUUUAUGUUAUUUAGCAUUCCUAGGUCAUAUUCAUAUGUUGGUUUAAGAUUGCAAGAAUUACUUGUUGGCAUAGAAAUCGUGCAUACUCCCUUUAAAUGACACGUGGCACAAAACGGAAAUGAACAUACCGGCUCAAACAUUUAAGUGUUACCUGUACCUCUAAUUGGCGUGAUCGGCUCAAGCCUUCUACUUAUUUGCAAGAAAGAGGGUAAUUUGCAAACUAUUUGACCGUCCAAAAUCCCUCAAAAUGUAUAGGUAAUAUGGAGCGGACUCGAAAUGGAGGCUCGAAUAGUCGACUGUCAGGUGUUAUCUUGAUGUUGAAAUGGCGCGACGGACUCAUGCCUUCAGUCCAUCCUUUACUAACCGGAACGUCCGAAAAAAGUUUCGUGAAAAUUCUUCAACGGAGCGGACACUAAAAUUGAUUCUCUAUCAUUUAACCUUCAAUUGUGAAGUUGAACUUCUAAAAACUGCUAAAUCCUUUUUUCAGAUAAUGUUUUCUUUUGUAGGCGUAAUCAGUUGUUCAUUUCCACUGACCAGACCAAACAAACAAAAAAGUUCGUUCCGUCCUUUAACUUGGUUUUCGAUAUUACAGGUUUUUUAAUUAAUAUUUGUAACAUUCGAACUUAUUUCCUCAAUUAAAUUGUACAAAUUUAAUAAGAUUAUUGAAAAUAGGUUGGGAAGAUUAGUAACGCAAACAAUUUAAUAACAAAUGAUAGGCUGGACUACUGACAUAAUUUAUUUUAGAUGUUAGUGAAAAACGAACAACUAUUUUUCACCUUUUCCAACCCGUUUGUAUUUAUUCUCUCUAUUAUUUUAUGUGACUUUAUUAUUUUAAUUAUGAUCAUGAUAUGAACAUGUGUUUUGUUGUUAAUAUGUUAUAAAUUAUUACUAUACUUUUUAAGUAGAUAUUAAAAUACUCAGUUUUCAAGGCAUUGUUCUGUAAACCUUGAAUUCUCCGUUUACUUUAAGUGUCACUAUUUGCUAAUCUACAUUACUGCAUAAAAAGAGCUAACGCUUUUUUGAUGAAAUGCUAUCAGACUCUUCAUUCUAAUAAAAACUGUUUAAAACAUUUUUGUUUGCUAAAACCAUAUUAAUUUGUACUUGGAGUAUGUGCAUAUUAACCAAUUAAUAUAUUAUUUGAAUAUUUAAAUUUAUUGCAUUUUAUUUCAUAUUUAUAAAAGUAAAAGCUUUUGAAUAGCAGUUCAAAGUCGUAAUUCUAUAACGGUUCCUAUCAAAUUAUACACGUAUAAUAAAAAUCCAAUUCACCCUAGGUUUGUGUUAAAAACUCCAUACUUUGGUUAGAGAUAAUCGAGUUAUUUGAAAUACUAACAUUUAUUAGAACAAUAAAGUUUAAGGUCUAUUUUCUACGGGAGGUGUUUUAAUAAAAGGCUCAAUACGCUGGAUUCCUUAAACAUUGACUUGUUUAACAGAUAACUGUUUGAAUAUCGGUUAGGAUAGAACGGCAUCUAUUAAGCGAGCUAUCAAUGUUGACAGUUUUAUCCAUAUAACGAGUGCCAAAUCUCGAUCGUAAAUGUAGGCCAUUGUAUAUUGUGCUUUUGAAGAAAGUGGACUACUAAUAAAUGCCUAUAGUUAUCAUGUUAUUCGAUAUAGAAUAUUAAAUAUUUGCUCAUGAAAUAUUUGUUUUCAUGUAUACGCUUGAAAAAUAAAAUAAUUAUUAUAUAAAUCUGAGUUAAUUGAAUAAAAACUCAAUUUGCAACUUAACAUUCCCCGAUGAUCCAUUGCGAAAAGGUAAUACGAUUAAAACCAUUACGUGAAUAUGCGCAGUAGUUUUCACUUUGUGUAUAUUUGAUAUGGUCACGAAUACAUUGUGUCAAUACAAAUUAUAUGGUUGUCCAAACCACAUCGAUAGUGCUCUACAAGAAGUUUAAAGCCACACACCUUGCCUCGGACUUUGAAAUGAAAUACAUGUUAAUCAAUACAUCUAGAUGCAAUUUGAAAGUGUGCAAAAUUGUCAUUAAAUGUAUAGCCUAGUUAGCAAGUAACUUACUAUUUUUCUAACGGUACCGCCUUUAAAACCGAAAGUAGGAUUUCUAGACGUAUACGUCCAUUUGAUAAACGCGAUUAUUUUUAACUUUUAAAGCGCAAAAAAGACGGAUUUUUACCUUGAAACCACCAGAUAUAUUCUAAUUGGCAUAGAUAAAAUAUGUUUCUUAUUUAUACUUAAAUUUACUAUGCUAAAUAAGGUGUGUGGCUUAAAAUAAGGUUAUCAUGUAACUAUUCUGUUCAAUUAAGUGUUAAGAUACGAAUUGUAAUUCCAUGUAUAAAUGCAAUGCUUUAUUAAUAUCAAUAAACAGGAAAUACAAACAAUAAGUAAGGACUCAUACAUGAAAAAAGUCUUAUGAAUGUACAGUCUGUUCUCAUAAAUUAUGUACACUUAUAGGAAUGCUCCACUUAACGAGGACACAUUAUUUGGAUCUGCAACAAAUACGAUUUAUGUGUCGGUGUCGGCUUAACCCAUUUAUGCCUAGUGGACACUCCGAACCUUCUAAAUUGGAUCAAUUUAUUUCCAAAAUUAGGGAUGUCUAGUAUAUUUAUAUCUAUAUUUAGAAUAUUUCUUAAAGAAAUUCCUUUAAGCAAACAGCGCAGACCCUGAUAAGACGCCGCAUCAUGCGGCGUCUCAUCUGGGUCUACGCUGUUUGCCAAUGCGUUUUUUUUCUAGACGCUAGGCAUUAAUGGGUUAAUUAAGUUUAUCGUGCAACUAUUCUGUUCAAUUAAGUGUUUACAUACGAAUUGUAAUUCCAUGUAUAAAUGCAUAUCUUAAUUAAUCUCAA